AUGGGCGGCAUGAACUACCACAUAGAAAUUCUGUUUGCUGAUGGAGUUCGGUGGCUGGCUCGUAUUCGAAGAUCUAACGUUACCUCACCACCGCCCGACCUACGUGACUAUAUCAUGCGCAGCGAGGUUGCGACUCUCCAAUUCCUUGGCAAAACCAAAAUACCUAUUCCAAAGGUGCUCGACUACGCGCUGGAAGGACAAACUCCCGUCAGCGUUGGAUAUAUACUCAUGGCAAAACUCCCUGGGAAGUCAUUACGCUGGUCUCCCGCGUCUCAGGAACAGAGGAAGAAAGUCAUGACCCAGCUAGCAGAUGUAUACAUUGAGUUGGAACGUUUCGCGUUCAACAGUAUGGGAUCUAUGGAUGAACCAGGAAUUGAUCACAUUGCCUCGUUUGCCAGGGAAUCAUUGACUGAAUACGUCAACUCGCAGAUGGUUCCCCUCGGGCCAUACAGGGACCCGAGAGACUACAUCCAAUCUAGCAUUGAGCUCAUCAUAAGAUUGAUCAUAAGAGGGGAACGUUAUGCAGGACGCGAGAUAGAUGCAUUCUUAGUUCACCGGUUUCUUCUUGAUUGCAUCCCAAAGAUCAUAGAACACUACACUUAUGACGACGGACGAUUCUAUCUACGGCACGCUGAUGACAAGGGUGAUCAUAUUCUUGUUGAUGGUGAUUACAAUAUCACGGGAAUCGUUGAUUGGGAAUGGGCUUAUACAGACUCAAAGACUGAAGCCUUUAAAUCGCCCGUCAUGCUUCUCCCAGUUUCUGACUUUUACGACGGAGUUAAUACCCUUGGCGGGAAUGAAUCUACUUUUGCAGAUAUACUUGAGGCAAAGGGAAACAAGGGACUUGCAGAGAUAGUCAGGAAUGGGAGACUGCUUCAUCGGUUCCAGUUCUGUUGUGGAUAUGACGUUUCAGAUUGGGAGGGCUUUCUGGGUCUUUUUCAAGGCCUUCGAAAUGCCUUAAACUUAGAUGCAGAUAUGAGUUGGGUUGAUUGGAAGAUAAAUGCUUUGCAACGAUAUUCGGGUGAUAAGCGUCUGGAGACUCUACUAGGGCAGACG